GGCUAUGUUACUACAUCAGGUAACGUAUUUUGUUGCCUCGCGGCGCUAGCCAGGGGGCUGUCUGUCUCAUCAGCCGCCCGCUACAGCCUUGUGCAUCAGUGCUCUUCAGCUCGUCGACAGAGAAUAGCCGCUCAUCAUGUUCUCCCUCUCUCUCCCAGGCAAGCAUCUUUUGCUCCAGAAUUCAAGCAAUCAUGGCCAGGGACGGGUUGUUUGCAGAUUUCGACAACAAGGAGAUAUACGACCAGAGCCUUGCGCUGGCGCUCGACGAGUCGACGCUCAACUUCGUGGUUGAUUUCGGGAGACAGCAGGCUCAGAUCGCCUUUAAUCUGGGUGUUAGUGAUAUUGAAGCACAGCUUAAAUCUGGAAACCUGCCAGAGAGACCAGUCCGAUGGAUAAACAUAUGGGCUCCGAACCGCCAAGCAGAUCUCGUCGAGCUGCUUGGAAGUCACUAUGCUUUUUCUCUUAGACUACGUGCCAUUCUUCAAUCUCGACCGCAACUACCAGAGCCUCGGCUUGACGACAAGCAUAUCAGUAGAUUCAAGAUGAAGAAGCUACAACAUCCUCAUAAGGACGACAUAGAGCUUGCAACGACUAGCAUUGAUACCCCUAGACCCAAUACCUCUAUAAGAAGUACAGAUGAUACAAGCCAUUAUACCAUUGCGAAGCGCAUGGUGAACUACCAAUCUGUUGAUUUUGGCAACCAUUUUCUCUGCAUCGGUGCUAACUUUAUGCAUGGGAUUCCAACGGCAUCAAAUGAUAAUAGCGUAGUCUCUGAAGGAAUGCAGAGGCCCCUGUGGUCCUGGCUCGUACUUUGUGAUGACAAUACUGUCAUAACACUGCAAGAAGACCCUGGACCGGUUAAUAAUGUCGAAGAUCUCAAGUCGAUACGGGGAAACACUUUUAGCGUUUUGAGUCAGCUAUCCACCCACGGGCAUCUCAACGCGGAUCCUAUUUCAAUGCAAACGGUCCGGCAAGCCUUGGAUUUGGAUCAUGCCCAAGGAAACGUAGGGCUUGAAGGCGCGAGCAAUCUAUUCUACUAUUUAUUUGAUGAUUGGCGUGCUGUCUAUUCGACUAUUGCUAGCUAUCGUCGAAGGCUUGACGAAUUGCAAACUGCGAUUCUAGGCGAUAUGACGAGGACUUCCAAUACGGCUCCAAACAUUGAACUCAUUCCCCGUCUUCACAUCCUCGGCCGCCAGAUCCGUCGAAUGGAGCAUUUAUAUGCCGGAUACAAAAACCUCAUCCAGCGAAUUCUGGAAACCAAAGAGACUGCAGUCAAUAGUGUUAACACUCCUCGUAAUUUCAGCGGUCUUACUGCUGAUGGCAAAGGUGUGAGACUGGCACAGUCUGCCAGCCUGCGCUUUGAACGACUUAGUGAUCGGCUUCAGCUUUUAAUCCUGAGCGAAACUCGAGAGUUUCUUGAGGAGAAAGAUGCAUUGAUAUCUACUUACUUCAAUAUCAAUGCUCAGAAAGACUCUGAGGCUGCUGCACGUCUGACACGUGCCGCAACGCUGCUCGCCAAGCUCAGUGUCCUUUUCCUGCCUGUCAGCUUAAUGACGAGCUAUUUCUCCGUACAGAUUCCGGAUCUGCAGGAAAAGUACACCGGAAAGGAUUACUGGGAUGCUUUUGCAAUUAUAGUUUGUAUUUCGUUCAUGUUUUUGUUUUUCUUCAGCAGGUUCUUGAUGUGGGUUACGGAGACCUUGGAUGGUUGGCUUAAAACCAUCAGUAAGGCGUUCGUGAGCCUGUUAUUUCGAAAAAGAGCCAAGCAUGUUGCUGAUCCAUAUACCAAUUGACGGUCUGGUAGGGUGCUUUUGAGGUUUUGUUUGCCUGCAUAUCUCUCCUCCCCAAAUGCUGGCCUUGCGGGAGCAAAUUAAGAUAUGUCGUAUAGUGUUCGGCCUGUCCAUCACUGAAUUUGUUUCAAAUGACGAGGGC